AUGUCCAAAUCCUGGCAGUCCACGCUACGGCUGCCCAAGUCAAGUUUCCCAAACCGGCCGCGACUCCACGAACGGAAGCAGUACAUCCUGCGAUGCACCGAUGAUUUUUACGAGUGGCAGGCGGCCAAUCGCCCUGCCGACAACGAGUUCCUCCUUCACGACGGGCCCCCAUACGCCAAUGGCGAGCUUCACGCUGGCCACGCGCUGAACAAGAUCCUCAAGGACAUGAUUAACCGGGUCAAGGUCCAGCAAGGUCGCCGCGUCAAGUACGUACCAGGAUGGGACUGCCAUGGUCUCCCGAUCGAGAUGAAGGUUGUCGAGGCUGCCGAGGGCGGUAAGAAGAUGUCGCCGGGGGGUAUCCGAAAAGCUGCCCGCAAACUCGCCUCCUCGACGGUCAAGGCCCAGAUGAACAGCUUCAAGUCGUAUGCCGUUAUGGCCGACUGGGAAAAUAGGUGGACGACGAUGGACACCGAGUUUGAGAUCAGGCAGCUGCGGUUGUUCCAGAAGAUGGCUCAGAGGGGGCUCAUCUACCGGAAACAUAAACCUGUGUAUUGGUCGCCGUCGUCGGCUACUGCGCUGGCUGAGGCUGAGCUGGAGUACAAUGAGGCCCAUGUGUCAAAGUCGGCGUGGGUUAGAUUACCCAUUGUCAGUGGGUGGCAGGAGGUGAUUUCUGGGCUGGAGGGGGUGGAUAAGGAUGCAAAGCUCUAUGCGGUGAUCUGGACGACGACACCCUGGACGCUUCCUGCAAAUCAGGCGAUCGCGGUGCGCGACGAUAUGACUUACUCUAUCGUCAGGUUUGCCGAUUACGAGGGGCUUCACCUUGUGAGCAUACCAGAGGGAAGCGCAGGUGGAGAUCUCCCCGAGAUAUCCGAAGUGCUGGGCAAGGUCCAGGGCUCUGAGCUGACGAGGCUGAGGUAUCUCAACCCUCUCCUGGAUGAUUUGACUGCUCUGGAAGGCCGUCCUAUCAUCCAUGCCCCCUUCGUGAGAGGCGAUUCAGGAACGGGUAUGGUGCACUGUGCCCCAGGUCAUGGUUUUGACGAUUACCUGGCCUGCGAAGCUCUGGGAAUCCCAGCAGUUUCACACGUGGACAAUGAGGGUCGCUUCACUGAUAAGGCUUACCCCAGGAACCCUGAUUUACUUGGGGGAAUUCCCGUCCUGGAAGGCGGUAGUGACGCCGUGUUGGACUUGCUUGGCAACGAAAAUGGGUACAUUCUCAAGGUCAAAUAUUACAAGCACAAGUACCCAUAUGACUGGCGGACGAAGAAGCCCAUCAUCAUCCGCGCCACAGCUCAGUGGUUUGCCGAUGUGGGGAGCAUCAAGGAGCAAGCCCUGGCUGCGCUUGAGGAGGUGCGUUUUGUGCCCGAGACUGGAAAGAACAGACUGGAGGCUUUUGUCAAGGGCCGGAGCGAAUGGUGUAUUUCGCGUCAACGAUCCUGGGGUGUGCCCAUCCCGGCUCUGUAUGAUGCGAAUGGCAAUGCGGUCGUGACUGAUGAGAGCAUUGACCACAUCAUCUCUGUGAUCAGGGAAAGGAAAAUUGAUGCCUGGUGGUUUGAUGAUGCCCAUGACCCUGCGUGGUUACCGGAGUCACUGCGCGAUCGGGCGGCUGAGUUCCGCCGUGGUCAAGACACCAUGGACGUCUGGUUUGACAGUGGUAGCAGCUGGACCCAGACGGACAAGCAAGCUGAUGUGUACCUCGAGGGUAGUGAUCAACAUCGCGGGUGGUUCCAGUCGUCUCUUCUGACCCGGGUUGCUGCCAUGGUCGCUCAGGACGCUCCAGGAGGGUCAUCAACUACCAAUACUCUUGGUCUUUCACCUUUCAAAACACUCAUCACUCACGGAUUUACACUGGAUAAGGACGGCAAGAAGAUGUCCAAGUCUCUCGGGAACAUCAUCUCUGCCAAUGAGGUUAUGGACGGCUCGCUUCUUUUUGAGCCACCCCAGGCUGGUCAGCCACAAGGCAGAAAGAACCGCGAACCAGAAGCGCUGGGCCCGGAUGCUCUGCGCCUUUGGAUUGCAAGCAGUGACUACACAGGCGAUAUCAUUCUAGGCAAGCCAGUUCUCCGGACUGUCCAUCAAGUCCUGCUCAAGUACCGCACCAUCAUCAAGAUGUUCACCGGAAGCAUGCAGCCUGAUGCCCGCACAGCCCCCUUAACAGUGGCCGAUCACAUUGCGUUGAUCCAGCUCAAGGACGUCAUGCAAGAAGUCGGCAAGUACUACGACAACUACGAGUUCAACAAGGCGCAAGCGGCCCUCAGCCGCUGGGUUGUCAAUGACGUGUCGGCUUUCUACCUGGAGACACUCAAGGACAGACUAUACUGCGGUGACUCUGGCGGCGUUUUGGAGCCCAUCUUCAACGGCCUGUUGAGAAUGCUGGCGCCCGUCACGCCCGUGCUUGUCGAAGAGGCAUGGGAGUACCGCCCUCAGUGGAUGAAGGAUGAUGCUUCUCUUGUUCACCCUCUCAAGCAGCUUUAUGACGCCCCGCUUAUUGAACCUGUUAGACUUAGUUACGAUGAGAAGACCAUCCGGGAGAGCAUCCCUGCUAUUAUGGCUGCGCAUGGCGCCAUCAAGGCUGCUUCGGAGCGGGCGAGAUUGGACAAGGUGCUCGGCUCGUCGCUGGGGUGCUCGGUUGUGUUGGUGUCUCAUGCUGAGGGUGGGUUGGCUGUUUUGGAACGGUUCAAGGAUGAGCUGGAUGCCAUGUUUGUGGUUUCGGCGGUGGAUAUUGUUCAGUCUAACGGAGGCGAGACGCCCAAGGAGGUUGAAGGGGCGGAAUGGAAGUAUAGUGAGGUGUUUGAGGUCGGUGGGAAGGCUCAUACGGCGUAUGUUCUGCCUCCGAAGCAGCAUAAAUGUCCCCGGUGCUGGAGGUAUGUUGCGCCGGUGGAGGAUGCGCUUUGCGGGAGGUGUGGGGAGGUUGUUGAGGCGUGGGCUGGUGAGGCUGCCAAAGAGGUGUAA